GAGAGAGUAGAAGAAACAAAGCACAUUUCCUGAUUCUUUUUAAACCAAAAAAACUACCAUAUCAAUUACACCAGAUUAUCAUUAUUUUUAUUAACCUAAUACUAUCAAUCCAGCUAAUUAUUGCACAAAUGCCAUCUGGGUUAUGAAAUUAAUCCCAAUUAGUCAUCAAGGAUUCUAUCUUUUUUCGAUCUGAUCUGUCAAAGGAAGCACAAGUUCAUUUCUUUUCAGUUAUGAAAUUUUAAUCAGUGUUUGAUUUUAUCUGAUCAGGGUGUGGCAAAUAAAUUUGAAUGGAUUCACUUGUUGAUGGAGUCGGUUCUUUGUCAACUAGCCAUGCUUCCACAACAUUGUUAGGGUUCAAUAAACCCGGAAAAACCCGACCUCCCCAUCACCCUUCAAAGCACUCAAAACCCGACACAAUCCACACGUCCACACACUCAAGUGGCACAUCAAAACGAUCUCAUAAAAGCUCCUAUGAUCAUAAAGGAAAAUCAGAAAUUGUGGGACCCAAUACCGUUCUUGAUCAAACUGCUAAAGAAUACUUUCACAAACAAAUAUUAGCAUUAGAAGCCAAAGCUGGCAUCAAACAUGAUGAGCCUGAAAUUAUAUCUUGCCCGAGCCCGCAAAGUAGUUUAUACUCCCUUGCUAACUUCACUGAAGCCAAGCAAAGCUUUACCAACACCGAAAUUAGUGAUGGUGGUAGCAGCAUCGAGAAAUCUAUUGAAAGUGGUGACGUCGGGAUUUCAGGUGAUUAUGUUGAAAGCAAUAAAACGAGUGUAUAUAGGGAAAGCACCGGAAGUGAUCUUAGUGAAGAAAGUAGUUCGGGUAGUUUCACCAGUGCAAUAUACAAACCCCAUAUGCAAAAUGACUCAAGAUGGGAAGCGAUUCAAGUUGUGAGGUCUAUAAAUGAUUCUGGUAUGUUGGAAAUGAAGCAUUUUAGGCAUUUGAAGAGAUUGGGAUGUGGGGAUAUCGGGAGUGUUUAUCUUUCUGAAUUGAUUGGGACAAGAAGUUAUUUUGCCAUGAAAGUGAUGGAUAAAGCGGCUCUUGCAAGUAGGAAUAAGCUAUUGAGGGCCCAAACGGAAAGAGAAAUUUUGCAAUCUUUGGAUCACCCGUUUCUUCCCACUUUGUAUACUCACUUUGACACAGAGAAAUUGUCGUGUUUGGUGAUGGAGUACUGCCCUGGUGGAGAUUUGCAUGCGCUUAGACAAAAACAACCUGGGAAAUAUUUCUCCGAGCAUGCAGCAAGGUUUUAUGUGGCGGAAGUUCUUCUUGCUAUGGAGUAUCUGCAUAUGCUUGGGAUCAUUUAUAGAGACCUCAAACCGGAAAAUGUUUUGGUUCGUGAAGAUGGUCACAUAAUGCUCUCAGAUUUUGACCUCUCUUUGAGAUGUGUCGUGAACCCAAAGCUGGUUAGAUCUACAAAUGCUACUGUGGAGACAAAGAAUUCCGGCUACUGUAUCCAGCCGUCUUGCAUUGAACCAUCUUGUGUGGUUCAAACCGCCUGCAUUCAGCCCUCAUGUUUUGUUCCCCGAUUCAUGAGCAAACCCAAAAAGGAAAAGAAACCAAAGCCCAAAACUGAAAUAUACAAUCAAGUCUCGCCGCUUCCCGAACUCAUAGCCGAGCCUACAAGCGCCCGGUCAAUGUCGUUUGUUGGGACCCACGAGUAUUUAGCUCCAGAAAUCAUUAAAGGUGAAGGCCAUGGGAGCGCUGUUGAUUGGUGGACUUUUGGGAUUUUUCUUUACGAGCUCUUGUACGGGAAAACUCCCUUCAAAGGAAAUGGUAACCGGGCGACUUUGUUUAACGUGGUCGGCCAACCCUUGAGGUUUCCCGACUCACCAUCAGUUAGUUUUGCGGCGAGGGAUUUGAUCAGGGGUUUACUUGUAAAAGAGCCGCAACAUCGGUUGGGUUAUAGGAGAGGGGCCACGGAGAUAAAACAACAUCCGUUUUUCCAAAGCGUGAACUGGGCGUUGAUCCGUUGUGCUACUCCUCCGGAUAUCCCAAAACCAUCAUCGGAAAAUGUUGGAGUAGAUGUGAAGCCUUCUGGUAACUACUUAGAGAUUGAUUUCUUUUAACUUUUUUUUAAGGAGUUCAUUGAUUUCAGAGGAACACAAAAUAUGUGUUUUCCUUUUCCUGUUAAUGUUUAUUGUGGGUUCCAAUUGGCUUAUGAAAUUGCAAAUGCAGUUUUCUUUAUAACA